CUGUGCGAUAGAAGGCAGUUUUAAGAAUGCCGGUUUGUCUCAAAGCUGGGGGAAUGACCACCAGUCACCUCUUCUGGGGUGUCAUGCUUCUUCUAAAAGUCGGAGAAGUCACCCUUUCUACUGAACUUGACAUUUGCAGGUCCUACCGCAACCUCUCGGACCCAUGGCGCAACUACGCCUUUUCCUCAGACAGCUUCCCGGGCUAUCCCAAGUCCGACUCAAGCCUGGCCGCGGGCUGGUACCGCUUCACCGGCGUCGGCGGCAACGUCCUGACCCAAACCUGCUCCUACAAGAGCACCCUCAGUUUGGGGGGAUCACGCAAGUCCCUUUGCCUGUGCGAGGGUCAUAGCUACCCUAGAGUGGGCGAAGGUGUGAAAGCCAUGAGUCUCUGCAACCGUGCGUGCAGCACACCACAUUGCAGCCUCUCCAUAAACGUGACUGCGUGCACUGGCGGGUUCUAUCUCUAUCAGCUUUUCCCCACAGAUGGUGUGUUUGUCACAGAUCACAGUUCUUGUGAAGCGUCCUCUUGUGGUGAGAACGCCAUGUGUGACUCGGUUGGCUGUGUCUGUCGGCCUGGCUUUGGGAUUCCCUCCAAGUUCCUCCCCACAGGAGACUCUUACGGUUGUCAAGUUGUGGCCUCGGCAUGCCCACAGCCCUGCGAAGCAAACGCCCGAUGCCAGUACAUCCGAGACCAGUUCAAGUGCGCAUGUGAGCCUGGCUUUAGAGAGUCUGGGUCGGGCUCUUUCACCUGCACAGAUGCGGAUGAGUGUGUGGAGAGCCCUGGAAUCUGUGGUCGUGAUGGAUUAGCCUUGUGCAUCAACACACCUGGCGGCUUUCACUGCGAGUGCCCCAGUGGGUACAUCCCUACCCCUGACCUCGACUGGAGGACAAAUAUCACUGUGUGCAAAGAGUUGAACCUGUAUAUACCCAGAGAGAAGGGGAAGGCAAAGGGAGUGGAUCACCUGCUUGGGAUGAUAGAGAAUAUGACAUCAGAUGGACUGCCAGUUAAGACAGUGACCUUACUGCUGGACCGGUUGGCGGACGAUGAUCACAGCCGCCCAGUGCUCCACCGGAACAGCGUGCUGGACUCCAUGAAGAAGCUGGUGUCCCAGCUGGUGACCGGCCCUCUCGCCUGGAGAAAUGCCAACUUCACCAGCAACCCCACAGAGGUGCAGAUCCUCUCUGUCGAACCAAAUGAUGAUCUGAAAGGACCGUCUGUACUGAGGACGUCAGGCGUUUCAAUGGACAUCAACCUCCUGGGAGUUGCCAAGAACAAUGAUGGCAUGGCGACAGUGGUGUUUAUGGCGUAUAGUCACAUGGUGAACGUCCUGGAUGCCAGCUUCUUCCGCACGAGGAGGAACACCACUAAGACCAUGAUGUCCAGAGUGGUAUCCGCCACACUGCUUGGUACAGUGAACACCACACUGCCCAGUCCUGUUCAGUUCACGUUUGAACACAUCACCGCCUCAGAACACAGAGGGAAGCCCUCCUGCGUGUACUGGAACGUCAGUGCCUGGAUCGAGGACGGCUGCCACGUCAGUGAGACCAACCCCACACACACAGUCUGCUCCUGUGACCACCUCUCCACCUUCGCCCUGAUCAUGCAGACAGUCGAUACAUUCCUGAGUGAUCCAAUCUUGGACAUUCUGAACACCAUCUUGGUGCUGAUCGGCCUGGUGUUCCUCACCCUGGCCGUGAUGACCUUUGCCCUCUGUCGCUGGAACCCCAGGGUGUCCAACGUGUCUCGUCUCAACCUCUGUGUGUGUCUGCUGCUGGCUCAUCCCCUCUUCCUGCUCACCCAGAGCUUCCUCCACCUCAUCUGGCCCCAUGAGGUGUUGUGUAAGCUGUUGGCUGGAGUCCUGCAUUUCCUCUUUCUGUGCUGUUUUGUGUGGAUGUCCAUAGAGGCUGUGCUGCUCUUCCUGUCUGUACGGAAGCUCAAGCAGGUCAAACCUAGUGAGGGCGUGGGGCCACACUGCGCAGCUCUCUACCUGAUUGGCUAUGGGGUUCCCCUCUUCAUUGUGGCUGUGUCUGCAGGUGUAAUGCCAGAGGGAUAUGGAAGCCUGCAGUGUUGGCUGAGCACUAAGGCAGGCUUCAUCUGGAGUUUCCUUGGCCCUGUGGCCUUCAUUCUCACAGGAAAUAUCGUGCUCUUCUUCAUCAUCCUCCUCACCCUCUUCUUCACUCUCAGGGGGGCGCAGAGUGCAGGGUCAAAGGUCAAAUACACCAGGAUCCUGGCAAUUAAGCUCCUGUUCCAGUUUUUCUUCCUGGGCUGCCCAUGGGUGCUGGGGUUCUUCGUAAGGUCGGGCCCAGCAGUGGAGGUUCUCUUUGUGAUGUUGAACUCCCAGCAGGGAACCUUCAUCUUUCUGGUCCACUGUGCCCUCAACAACGAGGUCAGGAGGCAAUACAGCAGGUGGUGGCAGAAGUUCAGGCCCUCCGGUGACGAGCCAGGCUUCUCUGGCGUUGCCAUGGAGACAGAGCAGGACGCUCCAGGCGGUCGACAGAGACCGUCUGCCCUCACUGGUGACAGAUGAUCUCUUCACUCCUGCUCAGGCCCUGAUUGGUGGAGCAGUGGGGGAUGUGCAGCAUUUACCUUAGUUUAAUUUAGUGUCACAAUUCCACAGAUUGAUAAACAAUAAAGAUGUGCAAAAUGGUGCAAAAGAAAA